AUGAUGUCAACGUCCAACUAUGCGACCACGGCCGUCGCCGUUGCCUUGCUGUCUUUGCUUGGGUCGGUUUGCGCCAGCCCCAUGCCCGACGUCGAAUACAGCCCGCAGCAGCUCCGCGAAAUCUGGGCGGCCGCAGCUGCGGCCACCCCGCCGGCACACAAUGCCGCCGGCUCUCCCCAUUCCGGCGUCACCGUCACGCUGACCGGUACGCCCGUGGACGCAAGGCCCACAGCCGUCGCCGCCACGACGACGCCAGCCAUCGCCGCCGCUGUCCCGGGCCGACCCUUCCGCCCGCCUUUCCGGGGACCGCCCUGGCUGACCGCCGGCAUCGGCGCUGGUGGGACGGUGCCGGCCGGUUGGGGCACAGGCGUCUUGACGGCCGGGGCGGUCUGCGGACCGUAUACGCUGCCCGUCAACCUGCCGUUCUCGCCGCCGUGUCCCUACUCGUCGACGACUGCACCUGACGACGAGCCAUCGGCCCCGCCGACGUCGACAGCACCGGCCCCCGGGCCGCCCUCGACGACCAUUGUCAAAACCCUCCCGCCCACGACACUGCCGGCCGCGGCCGGCAGCCCCACGGCGGUGAUUGUCACAGUGUCCGUCACGCUGAAGCCGGACCCGCCGUACACGCCCGGGCCGCACGACGAAAGAGUGGCGACGACGCUGACGACGGCGAGGCGGGUCUGA